CUGCCUGUACCUGUACAAAUGGCAACCCGAGGAAGUGUGAAACCCUUUGUGAACUUCAAUGCAAAGCAUGAUGCAGAAGUUUUGCGCAAGGCCAUGAAAGGGAUCGGCACUGAUGAAGAUGCCAUCCUCAUGUUAUUGGCAGCUCGCAGUAAUGCACAGAGACAGGAAAUAAAAGCAGCCUAUAAAAAGGCUUUUAGCAAGGAUCUAGUGAAAGACUUAAGGUCAGAGCUUGGAGGGAAGUUAGAGGAUCUAAUUGUGGCCCUCAUGUUUCCAUCCACAAUAUAUGAUGCUCAUGAACUCCAUAAGGCCAUCAAGGGAGUGGGUACGGAGGACAAAGUUUUAAUUGAGAUCCUGGCAUCCAGGACAUGUGAUGAGAUGAAAGAUAUUGGCAAAGCUUACAAGAAAGAAUAUGGAAGCAAGCUGGAAAAAGACAUCAUGGGUGAUACGUCAGGACAUUACCAGAGGUUGCUGGUGAUACUUGCACAGGGAAACAAGGAGGAGGGAGUGGAUGAGACCAGAGUGGAGAAAGAUGCAAAGGAGCUGUUUGCUGCUGGAGAGGAGAAAUUCGGCACGGACGAGGACAAGUUCAUCAACAUACUCGGCAACAGGAGCGCGGAACACCUGAGAAAAGUGUUUGAUGCCUACAAAAAGAUUGCCGACUGUGACAUUGAAGAGAGCAUAAAAGAUGAGUGCACUGGGAACCUGGAAGCACUGCUGCUGGCUGUGGUUAAAUGUGCAAAAAGUGUGCCUGGUUAUUUUGCUGAAUUGGUUCGAGAGUCUAUGCGGUGUGCCGGCACUGAUGAUGAGACUCUCAUAAGGAUCAUGGUGUCCAGGAGUGAGCGGGAUAUGCUGGACGUCAGAGCAGUAUACAAGAAGAUGUAUGGAGAAUCACUCUAUAGCACCAUAAAGGCAAACACCGAAGGAGAUUACCAGAAGGCCCUGCUCUACCUGUGUGGUGGUAAUGAUUAG